AUGCACUCCCUGGACGAGCCGCUAGACCUGAAGCUGAGCAUCACCAAGCUCCGAGCGGCGAGAGAGAAGCGGGAGAGGACACUGGGUGUGGUCCGCCACGGAGCUCUGCACAGGGAGCUCGGCCUGGUGGAUGACAGCCCCACACCCGGCUCCCCAGGCUCCCCGCCCUCAGGCUUCCUGCUGAACACCAAGUUUCCUGAGAAGGUGGAGGGACACUUUUCAGCAGCCCCUCUGGUGGACCUCAGCUUGUCACCACCAUCUGGGCUGGACUCCCCCAACGACAGCAACUCGCUGUCCCCCGAGCGCCAGGGCAAUGGGGACCUGCCCCCAGUGCCCACUGCCCCGGACUUCCAGCCGCUGCGCUAUCUGGACAGCGUCCCCAGCUCCUUCCAGUUCUUCCUGCCCCUGGGCUCCGGCGGGGGCCUGCACCUGCCCGCUGCCUCCUUCCUCACCCCCCCCAAGGACAAGUGCCUCUCGCCAGAACUGCCACUGCCCAAGCAGCUGGUGUGUCGCUGGGCCAAGUGUAACCGGCUCUUUGAGCUCCUGCAAGACCUGGUGGACCACGUCAACGACUAUCACGUCAAGCCCGAGAAGGAUGCCGGGUACUGCUGCCACUGGGAGGGGUGUGCCCGCCAUGGCCGAGGCUUCAAUGCCAGGUACAAGAUGCUCAUUCACAUCCGCACGCACACCAACGAGAAGCCGCACCGCUGCCCCACCUGCAACAAGAGCUUCUCCCGCCUGGAGAACCUGAAGAUCCACAACCGCUCACACACAGGUGAGAAGCCCUACGUCUGCCCCUACGAGGGCUGCAGCAAGCGCUACUCAAACUCGAGCGACCGCUUCAAGCACACUCGCACCCACUACGUUGACAAGCCCUACUACUGCAAGAUGCCUGGCUGCCACAAGCGCUAUACCGACCCCAGCUCGCUGCGCAAGCACAUCAAGGCCCACGGCCACUUCGUGUCUCACGAGCAGCAAGAGCUCCUGCAGCUGCGCCCGCCCCCCAAACCACCGCUGCCUGCCCCCGACGGCAGCCCCUACGUCAGCGGGGCCCAGAUUAUCAUCCCCAACCCCGCCGCCCUCUUCGGAGGCCCUGGCCUGCCCGGCCUGCCCCUGCCCCUGGCUCCUGGCCCCCUUGACCUCAGUGCCCUGGCCUGUGGCAAUGGCGGGGGCGGUGGGGGUGGGGGGGGUAUGGGCCCUGGGCUGCCAGGCCCCGUCCUGCCCCUCAAUCUGGCAAAGAACCCGCUGCUGCCCUCGCCCUUUGUGGCUGGUGGACUGGGCCUGCCUGUGGUCUCCCUCCUCGCUGGCUCCGCUGGCGGCAAGGCCGAGGGGGAGAAGGGACGUGGGUCAGUGCCUGCUAGGGCCCUGGGCAUGGAGGGCCGCAAGACACCCCUUGAAAGGACGGAGAGCAGCUGCUCCCGGCCAAGCCCCGACAGACUCCCCCUGAUGCCAGGCACCGUGCUGGACCUGUCCACAGGCGUCAACUCGGCAGCCAGCAGCCCAGAGGCGCUGGCCCCGGGCUGGGUGGUCAUCCCGCCGGGCUCCGUGCUACUCAAGCCGGCCGUGGUGAACUGA